AUGGAUGUAGCCCCGGGCAGCCGGGGAUCGGUGGGAGUGCGCGCCGGGCCCGGGGCUCCUCGCGUGCUCUCGGAAUGGCUUCUUCCCGCUCUCGACACACCCACCAGGCGCAAGGGGUGGAAGCACGCCGGUUCCCCUCUCCGGGCGCACUUUCCCACCAGGCGGCCCGGGAGUCGAGAUGUAGAGGCAGGCACAGUCAUGGCCGCGUCCCAGAGUCGCCUGGGCAUUCUCUACACAGCUCUGCAAGUCUCUCCCGUCCCGCGGCCGUCACAAUCUCCUGGGACGACGCAGGGAGAAGCUGGUGUACCUGUCAGCGACCUCCCACGCGUCGGGACCCUCCCUUGCAAACACCUGCUCUGGCUGCUUCUCUGGGUCUUUCUAGGACCAGUCCUCAUGGAGCCAGUUUCCAAAAUUCUGUCCUGGCCAGGAGUGUGUUCCGAAGCCCCCUGUGUCAUGAUAGGCUUGACACAGCUGUUGUCAUCUGGUAAGAUGGAUGCUCAGCUGAGAAAGCGUUCCCCUCAGGUUGGCCUACAGUCACACGGCGGAGAUCUGAUGCAGCGAGCAGACUCCACCGAGAGCAUUGUCUACCGUUUAUUAGUCUGUGAUGAAAAACAGCUCCGCAGAAACAUAAAGCGUGUCGCCGCCUAUGUCGGCUGGCAGAGCUCCUCCAUCCUCAAGCCCCUGCUCCAGCAAGGCCUCAGCGAUGCCGAGGAGUUUGUCAUUGUGAAAGCUCUCAAUGCCCUGACCUGCAUGUGCCAGUUAGGGCUACUUCAGAAGCCUCAUGUCUAUGAAUUCGCCAGCGAUAUUGCUCCCUUCCUGUGUCAUCCUAAUCUGUGGAUACGCUAUGGUGCAGUGGGAUUUAUCACAGUGGUAGCCCAUCAAAUAAGUACUGCCGAUGUCUACUGCAAGCUGAUGCCUUAUCUUGACCCAUAUAUCACGCAACCAGUAAUCCAGAUUGAAAGGAAGCUUGUCCUGCUCAGUGUUCUAAAAGAGCCUGUGAGUCGCUCCAUAUUUGAUUAUGCUCUGAGGUCUAAAGACAUCACCAGCCUGUUCAGACAUCUUCACAUGCGUCAGAAGAAGCGAAAUGGCUGUCUUCUCGACUGCCCUCCACCUGAGGACCCCGCCAUCGCACAGCUGCUGAAGAAGCUGCUCUCCCAGGGAAUGACCGAAGAAGAGGAAGAUAAACUUCUGGCGUUGAAGGACUUCAUGAUGAAAUCAAAUAGAGCAAAAGCUAACGCCGUGGACCAGAGCCAUCUCCAUGACAGCAGCCAGAAAGGUGUCAUCGACUUGGCAGCCUUAGGCAUCACUGGGAGACAGGUUGAUCUUGUUAAAACCAAACAAGAGCCAGAUGAGAAACGGGCUAGAAAACAUGUAAAACAAGACUCCAAUGUAAAUGAAGAAUGGAAAAGCAUGUUUGGGUCACUGGAACCACCGAAUAUCCCUCAGGCCCUGCCUAAAACCAGUGACCAUGAGGUGGUUCAGACUGGGAAGCCACCUCGCUCUGAGUCCUCUGCUGGUAUCUGUGUCCCUUUGUCAACUUCUCCACAGGUUUCAGAAGUCAUACACGUCCCCAGCAAGAAGCCAGUGGUUCAGGUUGUCAGUAGCACAGUCAUGCCGUCCACUUACCAGAUCCGGAUCGCGACUUGCAAGACUGAACUUCAGCAACUCAUACAGCAAAAGCGUGAGCAGUGCAAUGCAGAACGCAUAGCCAAGCAGAUGAUGGAGAACGCAGAGUGGGAGAGCAAACCACCUCCCCCUGGGUGGCGUCCUAAAGGGCUACUAGUUGCACAUCUCCAUGAGCACAAAUCUGCUGUAAAUCGAAUUAGAGUCUCUGAUGAACACUUACUCUUUGCUACUUGUUCAAAUGAUGGCACAGUGAAAAUCUGGAACAGUCAGAAGAUGGAAGGGAAGACCACCACGACGAGGUCUAUUCUUACAUACAGCCGAAUUGGAGGGCGAGUCAAGACACUAACAUUUUGCCAAGGUUCCCACUACUUGGCCAUAGCAUCUGAUAAUGGAGCGGUUCAGCUUCUUGGAAUUGAGGCUUCUAAAUUACCCAAGUCUCCUAAAAUCCACCCUCUACAAAGCAGGGUUCUGGAUCAGAAGGAAGAUGGGUGUGUGGUGGACAUGCAUCACUUCAACUCGGGGGCACAGUCUGUUCUUGCCUACGCCACGGUGAAUGGCUCUCUGGUUGGAUGGGAUCUCAGGUCUUCAAGCAACGCAUGGACGUUAAAGCAUGACCUAAAGUCAGGCCUCAUCACAUCCUUUGCUGUAGACAUCCACCAGUGCUGGCUCUGCAUAGGCACGAGCAGUGGUACCAUGGCGUGUUGGGACAUGAGGUUCCAGUUGCCGAUUUCCAGUCACUGUCACCCCUCCAGAGCUCGCAUCCGGCGCCUCUCCAUGCACCCCUUGUACCAGUCCUGGGUAAUCGCAGCUGUUCAGGGCAACAAUGAAGUCUCCAUGUGGGACAUGGAAACCGGGGACAGGAGACUGACUCUCUGGGCCAGCAGUGCGCCUCCACUUUCCGAAUUACAGCCUUCUCCGCACAGUGUCCAUGGCGUCUACUGCAGCCCUGCAGAUGGAAACCCUAUCCUGCUGACAGCGGGCUCAGACAUGAAGAUAAGGUUCUGGGACUUGGUUUCCCCAGAAAGGUCCUAUGUUGUUGCAGGAAGCACCAGUUCCCCAUCUGUGUCGUACUACAAGAAGAUAAUAGAAGGCACUGAGGUUGUCCAGGAAAUUCAGAAUAAGCAGAAGGUAGGACCGAGUGACGAUACCCCUCGAAGGGGCUCAGAGUCUCUGCCUGUGGGGCAUCAUGACAUCAUCACGGAUAUUGCCACCUUCCAGACAACUCAGGGCUUCAUUGUGACUGCUUCUAGAGAUGGGAUUGUGAAAGUGUGGAAAUAAUCCUGCCAACUUGUACAAAAUGUUGUAAAAUUAUAAAUGUACCAUAAUUCAAGGAAGAAGAUUUCUAGAGAACUAACAUGGUUUUUGAAGUGUCUGUAUUACUGUUUCAUGGCUAAAUGAAUCCCAGUCACAGUGGUUAAUGAUGUGGGCAUGGUUUAUUGGGGUGCAUUUCUGAAGAGUUGGUCAGACAGCACAGUCUGGUAGUCCUUGCUAUAUACGGAACAGGUGAGAAAUGUAAAAAGCGAACAUGAAUGUCAGUUUAUUUUGUAUGGAAAAUGAUUGUAAGCUAUUAUGUAAACACACUUUUGUUAUUAUAAAUGCUAUUCAGACUACAAGUAAACUCUAUUCAAGCA